AUGGCGCGGACCCCGGGGCCGGCCCCGCUGUGUCCCGCGGGCGGCAAAGCACAACUUUCCUCCGCUUCCCCCCCCGGGGCCGGGCUCCCGCUGCCGCCCCCGACGCCGCCGCCGCCGCCGCCGCUGCUGCUGCUGCUCUUCCCGCUGCUGCUCUUCUCCCGGCUCUGCGGUGCCUUAGCUGGGCCAAUUAUUGUGGAGCCACAUGUCACAGCAGUAUGGGGAAAGAAUGUUUCAUUGAAGUGUUUAAUUGAAGUAAAUGAAACUAUAACACAAAUUUCAUGGGAGAAGAUCCAUGGCAAAAGUUCACAGACUGUUGCAGUUCAUCAUCCUCAGUAUGGAUUCUCUGUUCAAGGAGAAUAUCAGGGAAGAGUUUUGUUUAAAAACUAUUCACUUAAUGAUGCGACAAUUACUCUGCAUAACAUAGGAUUCUCUGAUUCUGGAAAAUACAUAUGCAAAGCUGUUACAUUCCCGCUUGGAAAUGCUCAGUCCUCUACAACCGUAACUGUAUUAGUUGAACCCACUGUGAGCCUGAUUAAAGGGCCAGAUUCUUUAAUUGAUGGAGGAAAUGAAACGGUAGCAGCCAUCUGUAUCGCAGCCACGGGGAAACCAGUUGCACAUAUUGACUGGGAAGGUGAUCUUGGUGAAAUGGAAUCCACUACAACUUCUUUUCCAAAUGAAACCGCAACAAUUGUCAGCCAGUACAAGGUGUUUCCAACCAGAUUUGCUAGAGGAAGGCGGAUUACUUGUGUUGUAAAACAUCCAGCCUUGGAAAAGGACAUCCGAUAUUCUUUCAUAUUAGAUAUACAGUAUGCUCCAGAGGUUUCAGUAACAGGCUAUGAUGGGAAUUGGUUUGUAGGAAGAAAAGGUGUUAAUCUCAAGUGUAAUGCUGAUGCAAAUCCACCACCCUUCAAAUCUGUGUGGAGCAGGUUGGAUGGACAGUGGCCUGAUGGUUUAUUGGCUUCAGACAAUACUCUUCAUUUUGUCUAUCCAUUGACUUUCAAUUAUUCUGGUGUUUAUGUCUGUAAAGUGACCAAUUCUCUUGGUCAAAGAAGUGAUCAAAAGGUCAUCUACAUUUCAGAUGUCCCAUUUAAGCAGACCUCUUCCAUAGCUGUAGCUGGAGCUGUAAUUGGAGCUGUCCUUGCUCUUUUCAUCAUUGCGGUCUUUGUGACUGUCCUGCUGACUCCUCGAAAAAAGAGACCAUCCUAUCUUGACAAAGUGAUCGACCUUCCACCCACACAUAAACCACCUCCCAUGUAUGAAGAACGAUCCCCCCCCUUGCUUCAAAAAGACCUUCUAUAUCAGACUGAACACUUGCCUUUGCAGACUCAGUUCAAAGAAAGAGAGGUUGGCAGUCUCCAGCACUCUAAUGGACUAACUACCAGGAGAUUGGACUAUGAAGAUGAAAAUCCCGUGGGGGAAGAUGGGAUUCAGCAGAUGUACCCCCUUUACAAUCAGAUAUGCUACCAAGACCGGAGUCCUGGCAAACAUCAUCAAAGCAACGACCCCGAAAGAGUCUACAUCAACCCGCGAGAACAUUACGUGUGAUUUCCCUCUCUUUCCAGUGGAUGUCGUGACAAAUGUUUAAUCGUGGAUUGGGGAGAGAAACUGAGGCCAAUGGUUAUUAUUUUAUUCUCUCUCAUAUAAAACAAUCCCAGUUUAGUGUAUAAGAAGCCGUGAUGAAUGGCUUGGAGCCAAUAGCAAAUUUUCCUUCCCUUCAUUAAGAGUUUCUUAGCCACCAGCUGUGUUUGUGAACUUGACCGUAGCUUUGUGUGUUUCCGUGACGAUAGUGUUUAACUACUAACAUUGGGCCUACAGCAGAGCAUCUGCCUCUGAUGGCAGCAGUGAUUCUCCAGAAAGAAAGGCCCCAGCUGGGAGUGUUAACCUUGCUGGGUCUUAGGAAGGCCAGCCUAUUCAUCUGUUAACUCAAAUGAGCAGAAAAAGGAGUUCAAAAUCCAUUUCGCUAAUUAUUUCAUCAGGAUUUGGCUUUCCCUGACACGUUUAACGUAAUUAUGGUACCUGUGUGAACAACAGGCCUGAGGAAAGAGGAAAAAUUUGCUCUUUAUCCAAAAAAAACCAACCACAACAAGGCAGUUUAAUCCUUGAAGCCUGUUGGUCCCUUUUAAAGUCUCGUGGAUAAUUGUGAUCUAUGUUCUUGGUCGAUCACUGAGGUCCUAAGGGAUACGUGUUUGUGCCCUUCUCUGCCGGGUCUCGAUCAGCUGCGUGCUAACCCAGGUUCAACUCUCGCUCUGAUGUCGUUCCCACAGUUCUGUUCUUUCUGAGCCAGAUUAGCCUAUUUCUCACCUGCUAAAUUCUAAAAGCCUUGUCUACACGGUGGACAGCCCUGAGCCCUGUCCCUCUUUCCUGGAGUAUUUAUUGUAUAUGACAAGCUCAGCUUUCACUUAUGAAAUUCCUUUCAAACUAAUCCUAUCCACACAGGCUUUGGCUACCCUCUGCUUCUUCAGACUGCUUCUCAUCCGUGUUUUAUCUACCUCAGAAAAGCCUGCCGGAAAAUCACCAUGAAAUAACUCCUGCUCUUAGAAGCCAGGUAGAAAAUGUGAAAAUUAAAAAAAAAUAAUAAUAAAUGCCAUUUUACUGUGGCAUAUAUGCUUAAACCCCCAUGUUGUCCUUUAUCCCCUCUACCCUGUUUUACCUGGUCAACAACAGGAGCUAAGGGAUGCUAAAAAGCAAAUAGCACAGUGACUGACUUCCCAGUGCAACACUUUGGUGCCUGCGAAUACCUGUCUUGAGUUUUCUCACUUCUCUUUGCCAACGUAUCCUCACUGAGAUGGAAGGUAGUAAUUAUAGUGGGGUGAGCAGAGGAGGGGGCCCGGGUACAUGUGCAAAUGUCAGUCACUCUCCUCGCAUCGAAAGGAAGGCGAUGUUUUACUGUGUGUUCUGGAAGAUGAGAGGUAUGUCACAGAUAUUAAAAACACUACAGACUUGUCAUAUAUUAGGAAAGAACGACAUAAGUACUAAUAAAAGAGUGCAUGUUUCCAACCUAAGUUUCCGGGGGACAGGGGAGCAUUAACCUAGAUUUCUAAUGAGAUACCAAAGAUGCCUUGUGAUUCAUGCUGUGCUGGCUCUAGUCUCUGCUUGUAUGUUUGUUUCCUUUUCUUAGUUGCCAUGCUUUUGCAGACAAAAUUACCCAGGUUAUUCUACAGUGGUCACACUUUCUGCCCCUGUUGUUGCCUGGGUGACCAACAGUUCUGGGAGAAAAGAUGCUUAAACUCUAACUCAAUGCCUCAGCAGUUUAAAGGCUAUAUAGUUAUAUGGAAUUAAAGGGUAAAUCCCAAGGACCCUCAUCGCUGUAUCACUGUGCUACCUCAGAGUUCCUGCCCUUUGUAGCAAGAUGGCACAGAAAGAACACAUUUAUUACCUGGAAUCCCAUCAAUGAAUCAGUAGAGCUGAAGGUGUAGGAAUCCUUGCAACUAUUUUCCAACACAAAGAGGACUCUGGUCCGAGUUCUUGAGAGUGAAGUGUUUUUAUAAAUACUAGAUGUUACAAAGGAAGAGAUAUGGUGGUAUGUCACCUGUUUUGGACAGCUUUAAAAGUAUGUUACACGUUAAGGAUGGUUUCUAGGGUCCUGCUGGGAAGUGGUUUGCUGAAUUAGCAUAAAAAAUUGAUCUCGGACCUUGGGGGGAGUAAGGAUGUCUUCAUUUGCGCUAGAUUUGGAAGGGCUACGUUGUAGGAGAUUUUUGGCCUGUCUUCAGAGGCCUCCCUAUCAAGAACCCACUAGAAAAUCUUUAAUAUUUUGGUGUAGUUAUAGUAAAGAAAUUUCAGGGUGUAGACACCUCUCUCACAACCAGCUAGUUCCCUAUCCUCUUUGCUUCGCUGUCAGCUACAGUACUUGAAUAAGCUGGUAGAUUUUAUAGCUGUUGGCCCUUUAUAUGGGUCACAUAAGCUAUAUCAUUGUUUAUCCUGGUGUCUCCCAUCUGUUCUCUCUGGAUACUGAGUGGAACAGAAAGGAGCUUUAAAAGGGUUUGAUCAACCGGCCCCCUCAACCAAAAAAUGCCACCCAAAAUUAGCCUGUCCAUCUCUAAAUUUGGUACAUAGGCUACUUGUUGAUGGCUGUUUAAAUUUGGAAGUUAGACCCGUAAAGGUCAGUGAGUGAUAAAAUCCACAGCUGAUACUAGAGAUACUCUUCCCAUAACUGGUUUAUUAAAAUACACUGAAACAGAAAUAAAUCCCUAGAGUGCUUAUCCACUUAGGGUUGCAGCUUAACAUUUCAAGAGGGAUUGUGCGUGCUCCAUCUCAGAUGCACAGCCUUUAUGGCCUGUUUUGUAGGCAGCCGGGGCUCCAGGAGUGGGCAUUACUGCUGUACUCAUAGGUCACCAGGCUCUUUGCACACCACUAAGUAAAGCAUCUGCAUUGUCCAGAUUGGUCUGACAUAAUAGGAUAUGAGUUUAGAUUGAUUCUUAAAUGGCAGUGAUUUGUUGCCUCUGUGAGGGUUCUCCUAUCCCUGGCUUUCUUGUAUUUUCGAAGUUUGAAGAAGUCUGUGCUUUUUGGACUUGUAAUAUAAAAUUCUUACCUGUGAUAGACCUCCCUGUAAUACACACACGGUAGAUACUAAAGCAAUAAAUGCACUCUAAACUAAAUGAACUGGUUCCCUCAUUAGUUUUUUUUUUAAAUUUUUAUUUAUUUAUGAUAGUCACAGAGAGAGAGAGAGGCAGAGACACAGGCAGAGGGAGAAGCAGGCUCCAUGCACCGGGAGCCCGACGUGGGAUUCGAUCCCGGGUCUCCAGGAUCGCGCCCUGAGCCAAAGGCAGGCGCUAAACCGCUGCGCCACCCAGGGAUCCCCCCUCAUUAGCUUUUUACGGCCUCAUUUACUCAUAUGGAUAGUACUUUUUUUUUUUUUUUUUUGUCCAUCUUUUGAGGAUGAUUUCCUGAAUUCUCUUUCAUGGUAAUCUAAAAUUCACCUUUUUUCAUUGUACGCUCUUUUCCUGCAUGGGGCUCGCCUCCUGGUACUAUGGUUUAUAUACACCAGAGCCUUCCUCCAAGCCUCUUAUUCUGUGGGCUGUAGAGGACAGACCAUUAUGCCAAGAGCUAAAAGAACAGAUUCUACUCCCAACCUCACCCUGUCUAGCCAUGGAAACUUGGACAAGCAUCCACUGUCCAUAAAGUAGAGAUUAUACCUUCCCUGCCAGCCUCUCAGAAAUGUGAGAGCUAAGCAAGAUAAUGAUAGAUGGGAAAUUAUAAGUUCUCUUCAAACUGAAAAUACCUGUGACUCCAUUAUUAUUAUAUGUUGAACCUAUACAUCUAGUGCCCUCACCAGCACUGGAGAGAACCAAGCGGUAAUGUGAAAAUUUCAGUUUGUGAAAUUUUUAGUGCAAGUGGGGCUUCCACUUUCCUUUACUAUAAUAACUAUUUUAUCUUAAGGAAGGCUUGAUAUUCUGGACCUUAGCCUUUCAGGCUGUGUCUAAAAUUGCAAAUGCAUGUUGCUAUAACAGUGGUUGCUCUUGGUUUACAGAUUACUACUAAUAACAGCUACAUUACUGAGUUUGUGUUAUGGAUAAGUGCCUUACAUGAAUCCCCUCAGUGACUAGGACCUAACUCCUGUUUUAUCACCAUCCGGGAGCCCCUGUGGGGAUCGAGAGGCUCACACUUCUAUGGUGCACACCCAUAGAUCAUGCCAAUCACCAGCCAGCUGUCACUUCUUUAAAAUCUGCUUUUGGGGAGUGGUGUUAGGGAAUACAUUUUCUUGAUUUUCUUUUAACAGAGGUCUAAGAAAAUACAUAGAAACAAACCAUAAGAAAUGUUUGUUAAGAUGAAAGGACGCACAUAUGCUCAUUUUUACUUUGUUUUUGAACUCAAAAUGUUCAUAAAGACUCAUAUCCAUUAGGUUGACCAUAGCUGCAAAAACAAUCAAAUAAUGAAAGCUACUCCCUCCCAGUUGAUUCAAAGUAAUUUGGGCACAAGCUUCUCUCUAACACCCUCACCUUAGUUCUUUUGGUUUGUCCCACCUUUAUUGAACUCCUGGGGAGAGGUGGAUACAUGGAAAACUAGCUAGCUUUGGUAGAAAACCAGAACAGGAAGAGUGUGAAGUAGAAAUGUCAGGGCCCCCACCCGUGGCUCAGCCAGCUGCUUAACUGACAAGGCUCUGCAUCCUUGGACUGUUUGCCAGUCUUAUAGGAAGACCAGGGACUUCCAUUUCCUCCGAUAAACUAGAAACUGCUAUUUGCAAACCUAUUCAAUGAUAAACUCCGCCUGGAUUAAUUUUAUUAUACCUAUAAAGGUAUUUAUGUUUCCUCCAUUAAAGAAAAUUAUUGUUAACUGGACUUGGCCGGUUUGGUCACUUGCAACUCUUAGGUUGUUCUGGUAGCCUUCGGGAUGUAGAGGUGGGUGAGGGCUUUAGCUCGCCCCCCACCCCCACCCUCACCUUGUGAAUUCUUUACACUGAAAUCAGCUUUUAGACCAAUUUCUGCAUCAUUCAUGUUUAUAAGCAAGCAGGCAUCCUGUUAACAGCCUGUCCUGUAAGCUUGAAAAUGUCCCAGCUCUGUUCUUUCAGGGAACUCAAUAAUAUGCAAAAAGUUUAUUAGAAGCAAGUCCAAUAAUAUUCGAGUAUAUUUAGUGUCAGCCAACCCAAUUCUGUUUAACUGCUAGACACAGAACAGGUUAGUAAUCUAGGAAGCCAGGGCUCUUGGGCUUGCUGGAGUCUCAUAGCCUGUUGAUGGAAGGGCUGGAGUGCCCUACGGUAUUUGGUCAGUCCACCUUUAACACUUUACCACUUUUUGGCCAUUGAAAGUAAUCAUUUAUUAAGAAAACCUCUGGUGUUAAACUACAGAUAAAGCCUCUGAAGUGACUAGAGUUUUUCAAAUGCUAACAACCUUUGGAGGAUGUUAUUUCCCCAGUAGGAUUCUUCAAAUGUUAACUAACCACUCCUGGAGUGUAUAUUAAAACUAGUUAGCUAUUGCCAAAAUAAUUUAAAUUACAUAAAUGUAACAACUCGUUAAGGAUUCCUCACAGUAUCACACCUGCUGACAUUUCUCCUUAGUGACAA